AUGGACCGAUCGCUGCGCACCUGGUUCUGGAGAUCCGCCAUCCUCUGGCAGUCGGUAUGCAUCAUUGCAGCUGACCCGACCGUCACAGUGCUCAAUGGCACAUACGAGGGCUUCCACUUAUCAAACUUCAACCAAGACAUCUAUCUCGGAAUUCCAUAUGCGCAGGACACUGGAGGUCAAAAUCGAUUCCGGAUACCACAAUCACUAAACGAGACAUGGAACGGCACGCGCGAGGCCAAACAAUACGGCCAUGCCUGCCCUGACUUCCGCCCGGACUCAGACGCGGAGUACGGUAUGAGCGAGGACUGCUUGAGCAUCAACAUCAUCAAACCCGCGAGCUUGAAAGAAGGUGAAAAGGUGCCAGUUGUUGUCUGGAUUCAUGGUGGUUCGUAUCAGGUCGGCACGAGUGGACUGCCCAAUUACAACUUGACGUACUUUGUGCAACGAUCUGUGGACAUUGGCAAGCCGAUCAUUGCGACGAGUAUCAACUACCGGAAAGGUGGAUGGGGUAUGAUGUAUUCACGCGAGAUACAGGGAACUGGAAAUACGAAUCUGGCGCUUAGAGACAUGAGGAAAGGGUUGGCUUGGAUAUCAGAAAAUAUCGGGGCGUUUGGAGGUGAUAAAGAUACUGUUACUAUCUGGGGAGAAUCGGCCGGUUCAUUUGCCGUUGGCCAAUUGCUCAAUUCCUAUGGAGGCGAUACUGGCGGUCUAUUCCACCGAUCCAUUCAAGAAUCAGGUUCAGCCUCCACCGCUUGGUACAAUGGCUCGGACUGGUACCAGCCAAUAUACGACAAGAUAGUCCAACAGACAGAAUGCUCAGACCAGCCCGACACUCUCGAAUGCCUCCGCACCGUCCCCUACGAAACCAUCUUCCCCUUCCUCGACUCCACCAAAGUCGGCGGACCCGGCUUCUACCCCACCGUCGACGGCGACAUCAUCCCCAACUACCCCAGCGAACAACUCUCCUCGGGCCGCUUCGCCCACAUCCCUCACCUCUACGGUAGCAACUCCGACGAAGGCACCGACAACGCACCCCCUGGAAUCAUCAACACCACCCAAGACCUCCGCAACUACCUCCUCAUCUCCACAGGCUACGACUUCCCUACUACCGUCGUCGACGAAAUCCUGCGUCUCUACCCCGACGAUCCCACCCUCGGCAUCCCCCUCGACACCGGCACCGAACGCUUCGCAGCCCAAGGCUUCCAGUACAAACGCGCCGCCGCCAUCAUCGGCGACACAUUCUACCACGCACCCCGCCUCACCGACGCCCGCGCCUUCUCCGCCCACGCCCCGACCUACAUCUACCGCUUCAACACCCGCCCCUUCGUCAACGCCACGACCGCCAACUUCACCGACACCCUCGGCUCGCUCGCCCCGGCGCACAAGGGCGUCCAGCACUUCUCAGAAGUCGCCUUCGUGUUCGCGAACCCCGCGUUCGUGGGACCCUGGCCAGAGUACAGGGCCCUCAGCGACCAGAUGAGCGCUCAAUGGAUCAACUUCAUCGUCUCUGGGGAUCCGAAUGCGGAGGGGCUGCCGAAGUGGCCGACGUAUGGGGAGGGGGAACGGGGACUGAAUCUGGUGCUGCAGGCGAGGGGCAGGGGGCAGAAUGGGAGUUUUGUGGAGGAGGAUACGUGGAGGGUUGAGGGGAGGGAGUUUUUGAGCCGGUGGGCGAGGAGGAGACAUGUUUGA